CCUCGUCGUAAUCUUUGAAACAUCUUAUCUCUGUCAGCUGAUGUGAAUAUUCAUGACGUUAGAUGCAGUAACAUACAGCUUUAAUUACGUUCAAAUUUAGAAACAGUUUGUGGGAGGGGAGAGAUUUGCAUUUCCAGCUUAAUGUCAGCUUCACAUGGCUUGAUAUUCUACAUCGCGCAAUAGAAUUUGCAUUUCAUUUUUCACUUUGAGUUGGCCCUGACACUGUCGUGCAAGAUCUCCAGUUCGGCUUGUUAAUAAACGAGCUGAACUGUGAGCUGCACAUUUUGAGCAGACUGACUGGUUUUACAUUUGGAGGAAAGAUCAGUGGGUGUGUUUUCUGAGUUACUUGGUUCUGUUCACUAUUCAAAAUGGAAAGCCCGUAGCCUAUCAAAACAAUAACAACAACAACAACAACUACUACAACAAUAACAAAACCCAACGGCAUCACCAAGCCUCAGAAUUACAAGCUGCACAACGCACUGCAGGAAUGUUGUGCCUUUGCUAAAACGGGUGCCUUAGAUUUCAAAAUUGAUAUUAGAUAAACUUGAAUACUAUGGGCAUACCACCGCAUUGUUGACGUGGGAGGCGCCUUCGUUCGUGAACCAAAAUAUCUACAGAUUCGAUAUUAAUGGAUUUAAUAUUCAACACCUGCAUGCACUGGAUAAGCAGGGGAAUGCAACUUCUUUUAUUUGUGUUUGGAUCUCUUCAGUUGUGAGAGAAAGAGCUGAGCGAAAACAACGUGCAUGGAACCUCUCAGCAACAUUGAGGAGAUGAGAGAGCCUGUGGAGCUCAAAGACAUCUCCGCACUCAGCAGCAACCACAACGACAUCAGCUGCAGUGGCGAUGAAGACUUCAAAGAAAGACUCGAUUACUGUGACUUCAAACCUGGUGAGAUCUCAGGUGAUGACAUCGAUGCGCGAAACAACAGCUCUAGCAGGGUUUUUGAAUCAGUAGACAGUGAAUUCGCCGAAGUUGACAAGGAGAAAGACCUCGAUAUUUACAGUAAGUACAAUGAAGCGAGCACAGAUAGUGAUGAGGUUUUUUACAGUCAUACGAAAUUAAAUCGUCUCAAUCAACAAUGGCAAAUCGGAGAGCAAAGUCCCUCCCCUAAACCGAGAUGCCAUCGACUUGCUGUUCCUUCUACUCCACGAGAUUUUCCCUUUUCGUCCGUAUCUCUUAGUUCUUCGCCCACCAAAUCCCCAGAGUCCCCAUUGUCGAGACUAGAUUCUACGGCUUUCCUCUUCCCCAACUCGCCACAGUUAUCCCCCAUCUCGUCACCCAUAAAGGCGGAGCUUCAGCCAAUGCAGUUGUUGUCUCCGCCCCUCCACUUCUCCACAUCGCUCCACAAAUCACCAUCUUCCCCCUCAUCGUUCCCCCAACGAAAGACCGGUUGUGUUUCGCCUCCUAAGUUGGGAUGUUCUCCAUUGGCCAACUCGUACUCUUCGGUGACUGGAAUAAGUGACACGUCCAUGUCCUUGACCUUUCCUCCACGGCGGAGGAACAGACUUCCACCGCCCCCUAGUGACCUCAUCCGGCCGGAGAGCUUCGACGUCGCGGUCAAGGUCAUUCUGCUGGGAGAUUUCAACGUUGGGAAGACCAGUCUUCUUCACUCCUUGUCAAAGUCAAGAACGUUAUCGAAGCUUGACGUCAUCAUACUAUCGAGGAGUGCAUGGUUGUCUUCUUAUGUUUGACGUCACACGGGAGGAAACGUUCAACAACAUUGUCAUCUGGCACCAGGACUUGAGCAAAUACUCCACAGAGUACGUGGCCACUCUACUGGUGGGCUCCACGUCACACCUGGGGAACAGGACGGUCACACCGGAGAGGGCCUUCAAACUUGCCGAGAGUCUAGGCAUUCCAUAUAUGGAGUGUUACCCGGAUGAUGACAUCAUGACUCUGGCCAUCAUACAGAGACUCACGGAGCACGUGAUCAAAGUGGGCAUGCGCAGAACGUCUUUCACAAUAGAAAUCAAGCCGCAACCUGUGGAGACGAAAAAGUCUCAGGUCAAACAAGUCGUCUGUUUAUGCUGAGGCCUUGUAGGUCUUUAUUGAACUGAGUGAUGAUAAUAAAUAGUAUUUGUAUAUCGCA